ACGCGUGAGAAUUGACCGACUUGCUCUGCCUUUCCCCAGCAGAGAGAGAGAGAGAGAGAGAGAGAGAGAGAGAGAGAGAGAGAGGAGCGAUGGCGCCGCGGAAGCUGUACGGGAUGCCACUGUCGGCGAACGUGAUACGCGUUGCCACCGUGCUCAACGAGAAGGGCCUCGACUUCGAGAUCGUCCCCGUCGACCUCCGCACCGGCGCCCACAAGAACCCGGAAUUCCUCGCCCUCAACCCUUUCGGCCAGAUCCCUGCGCUGGAGGACGGAGAUGAAGUUCUCUACGAGUCCCGGGCGAUCAACCGGUACAUCGCUUCCAAGUACAAGUCGGAGGGCCCCGACCUCCUCCCGACGCCGUCGGCGAAGCUGGAGGUGUGGCUGGAGGUCGAGUCGCACCACUUCUACCCCAACGUGUCGCCGCUGGUGUUCCAGCUCCUCGUCAAGCCGCUCCUGGGCGGCGCCCCGGACCCCGUGGUGGUCGACAAGCACGCGCACCAGCUCGCCAAGGUGCUCGACGUCUACGAGGCGCACCUCGCCGGCAACAAGUACCUCGCCGGCGACCAGUUCUCGCUCGCCGACGCCAACCACAUGUCCUACCUCUUCUGCCUCAGCAAGACCCCCAAGGCGGGCCUCGUCGACGAGAGGCCCCACGUCAAGGCCUGGUGGGAGGACAUCGCCGCCCGCCCCGCCUUCAAGAAGACCGUCGCCGCCAUCCCCUUGCCGCCGCUCCCGUCCGCAUGAGCUCACGCGCCCGCGUCGACUCACAAAAGCUUAGCUUUGGUACCGUAGAUCCGUUGAAUAAAUAACAACUGCGCGUUGGAUGUGCUCAAUUAUAUAUGUGAUGAAUUUGCCUUUGCUCCUCACUUUAUAUUAUUCUCUUCGUGCUGGCUUCCAGUAAUUGUUCGUGUGAUUAGCAGUAUGCCAGGUAUUGUAGAGUUGAUCAUUUGUGAACUUCGAUGAGCGCCUUUUUGCC